AUGAACUUAAGUGAUAGUGACAAUGAUACUUUGAUAGCAUCGUGUUUUGACUUUAUUGAUGUCGAUGAAAACUAUGAUAAUUCAGAAGAUGAAGAUGAACAAUAUAGCAACUCAUCUUAUAAUUCAAUGAUCCCAUUCUUUAAACCAACAACACCAACAUCAGUAAUUCCAUCAUCAUCUUCAUCUUCUUCUUCAUCAUCAUCAUCAUCAUCUUCUUCUUCAACAACUGCAACAACUGCAACUGCAACCACAACAACCACAACAACCACAACAGCAGCAAACAAUGUUGAUAAAAAUAAUAAACAAUUGAAUAAUAGUUUAAUAAACAAUAAUAGCAAUAACAACAAUAACCAUAGCAGCAGCAACAACAUUAGUAAAAAUAAUAAUAGUAAUAAUAAUAAUAAUAAUAAUAAUAAUAAUAAUAAUAAUAAUAAUAAUAUUAAUAAUAAUAAUAUUAAUAAUAAUAAAAACAAUGAUUCUGAUGAUGAUUUAUUUCAAAAUAGUAGCUCAAAUUUUGAAAAUAAAAAAAACAGAAGAAGAGAGAGAAUUAAUAAUAAUAAUAAUAAUAAUGAAAGUACUUCCACCACAUCAACCACAACCAGCACACUUCCAGUUACAGGAGCAGCAACAGCAACAAAAUCAGCGGCAACAACAGGAGCGGUUACACCAGUUAUUCAAUCAUUACAACAGUUUCAAAUUAAUAAUGAUGUUAGCCAUUCACCAUCCUACCACUUUCAAGAUCCACUAAAAAUUAGUAAACCAAAGAAAACCACCACCACUACUACCACCACCACUACAACCUCCUCUAGCUCAGUUAAUUCUUCAUCCAACCCUUUAAUUUUAACAGCCAAUGAGAGAAAAUCAAAAAAAGAUCAAAAACCUCAACCUCAACAACAGGUUGCCUCUACAAGUUCAGAUGCCUCUGCUUUUAAAAUUUUAAAAAGAAAUGAUGAUCCAAUUGAUCCAGACCAAUUAAAUAAACUUUUCAAACAUGGAAACCAAUCUUCAUCACCAACAAUCAACCCAAUUUUAAAGCAACAACAACAAACAAAUACUAAAUCAAAUAAUGAUAUUUCAAAUACAGGUAAUAUUAACUAUAAUAACAAUGGAAGAAGAGAAAGACAAUCAAGAAAUAAACCACAAAAUAGAUUGAAUUCAGUAAAUAGUAAUAUUAAUAACAACAACAACAAUAAUAAUAUUAAUAAUAAUAUUAAUAAUAACAAUAACAAUAACAAUAACAAUAACAAUAACAAUAACAAUAACAAUAACAAUAAUAAUAAUAAUAAUAAUAAUGAUGAUGAUGAUGAUGGAUUAUCAAAUCAAAACAAUGGUAUUGAUAAAAAUGAAAAACUAAAGCAAUUUGGUAGAGUUUUUGGAGAAUCACCAAUUCAUUAUGAUUUAGAUACGGUUACAUUUUUACCAUCAAAUAUAUUUCAAAAGGGUGAAGUUGUAUUGGUACCAAGAUCAAGAGGUGGUUUCACUUAUGCAAAAAUCUAUGAAGCAUCAGAUUCAAAUAUUUGUCAUAAUGAUCCAACAGUUCAUCAUCAUGUUGUUCAAUACCGUGCGGUUUAUCCAUCAAAUGGUAAAAGGGAUAAUCUUUACAAGGAUUUAUCAGCAAUUUACUUGGGUAAAUUAAUACCAAUGGAAAGAUUACCACCAAAUGUCAAAAAGUAUACAUUAACCCCUCCAAAUGAGAGCUUUUCAAUCAUUGGUCAAAAAGCAUCGGUAAGAGAUUUACAGGGUAUUUUAUUCUCACCAUUUUCAAAGUUUCAUAUGAAUCAAAUCGUAUUGGUACCAAGAAGUAAAGGUGGUUUCACUUAUGGUUGUAUCGUUAAGGAGUGUAGAGUAACUUGUAAAGUCAAUGAUGUUAAACAUGAUGUACAAGGUCAUCGUGUAGUCGUUGAGAAGAGUAAAGAUCAUACCGUUAUCAAGGAUUUAGCAAUUGGUAAUCUCGGUAAAAUAUUUACAUCUGUUGAAAAUAAUCAAUCAUCACUUAAUCCAUUGAAUGGUUUAAAUUUAAAUAGUAAUAAUAAUAAUAGCAAUAACAAUAGCAAUAAUAAUAAUAACAAUAAUAAUAAUAAUAAUACAAAUUUAGUUACAACAAAUUUAAAUAAUAAUAAUAAUUUUAAAAUUAGACAUUCAAUUAGUAAUGAUAGAUCAUCACGUGGUGGCAACAAUAAUUUACGUAGUGGUGGUGGUGGUAGCAACAAUAGGGAUCAUAAAAAGCAAUCAAAGGAAAAGAGAAAGCAAAAUCAAUAUGAUCAAUUAGCUGCUGCAAUGCUACAAGAAAUUGUCGAAAGUAAUCCAAAAAAUAUUAAUAAUAAUAAUGAGGAAGAGGAUGAGGAGGAUGAAGAGAAUGAGGAUGAUAAUAUUCAAGUUAAUGAAGAGGAAGAUGGUGAAUCAUCUGAGGUGGAUGGGCCAUUAUCAUCUGAAAAUGAAGAAGAACAAGAAGUUGAUGGAGAUGAUGAAGAUGAUGGAGAUGAUGAAGAAGAUGAUAAUGAUGAUGAAGAAAAUGAUGAGGAUAGUGAGAAAGAGUAUGAGGUUCAGGAUAAUCAAGAAAAUCAUUCAAAUGAAAUUGAACAAGAUUCUGAUGAUAAUGAUGAUGAAGAUGAUGAUGAAGAAGAAGAGGAAAUCUUAUGGACAGGUCAAAAAUUAAAUACUCCAGCAGUUUCUUCUGUACCAGUAAUUACUUCUCAACCAUCACAACAACAACAACAACAACAACAACAACAACAACAACAACAACAACAACAACAACAACAACAACAACAACAACAACAACAACAACAACAGCAACUUCAAGCUAAACCCCCUGUUACUCAACAAACAUAUCAACAACAAAAUCGUCAAACAAUCCCACCUCAACAACAGGUUUCCCAAACUUUAGCUCAACAACCAAAACCACAAUCACAACCACAACCACAGCCACAAAUAUUACAGCAACAACAACAACAACAACAACAACAACAACAACAACCAAAAGUUAAAGCAGGAAUAUUUCAAAUGCCAGUUGAUGCAGAAGUAUUUACAGGUAAAAAAAAGAAAUCAUCAAAAUCAACAUUAAUUAUUAUUGAUGGACCAAAUGUAGCAAAAAGAAAUAAAUCUAAAUCAUUUUCAGUUUCAUCAUUAAAGAAAUCAUUAGAUUAUUAUAUUCUCAGAGGUUAUGAUGUAGUUGCAUUCGUUCCAGAAUCAUUUGCAUCUAGAAAACCACAUAAUGAUCCAAAAAAGACAUUUACUAUGUUUGAUUACAAUGAUUUGGCAGAUGAUUUAGUUGGACUUCAAAAAUUGACAGAUUCAGGUUAUGUUUGUUUAACACCAGCUCAAGAUUAUGACGAUAGCUAUACCAUUCAUUAUGCUAAAAAGAAUGGUGCUUGUAUCGUCACCAAUGAUCGUUACAAUGAUCACAUUGAAAAGCAACCAAAUGAAAUUGAAAAAGCCAAAACUAGAAAAUUCAUUAGAGAUCAUUGUAUUUCCUUUGCUUUUGUUCGUAAUGAAUUCCUUCCAAAUCCAGAUUUCAAAUUUCCAACAACAUAA